AUGGCGCUUCUCGUUGACGGAGACCUUCUGUUGAUCUUUGUAGGUAUCCUGAGCUUGUAUCUGGCUGGACUCACGGUGUACCGACUUGUCUUCCAUCCGUUGGCCAGAUUCCCCGGACCGAAGCUCGCUGCCCUGACCAGUUGGUACGAGUGCUACUAUGAUCUGGUCCAAGGGGGGAAGUUUCUCUGGGAGAUCGAGCGAAUGCAUGCGGUCUAUGGUCCCAUUGUCCGGAUAACUCCGCGCGAGCUACACAUCGAUGACCCCUACUACUAUGACGAGAUUUAUGCCCCGUCCUGGAAGCGUCGGGACAAGGACGAAGAGUAUGUGAAGCUCGACGCGGCCCCAGGGUCGGUCUUCUCCACGACACAGCAUGAACUGCACCACCGGCGCGCAGCAGCCCUGCUCCCCUUCCUCUCCAAGAGAUCCAUCCGCGGAAUCGAGCCGCUGAUCCGGGAGAAAAUCGAUCGGCUUUGCGCGUAUCUGGAAAGCUGCAUCGAGCGCAAGAAGAUCGUGAACGUCCCCAGUGCGGCCAUGGGCUUGACCGUUGAGAUCAUCUCGUGUUACGCAUACGGCGAUAGUUACGCCUGUCUCGACGAUGAUGUCCUGGGAACCGAAUGGAAGAACACCAUCACUGCUGCCAACGAGGAAGCAGCCUUCCUACGACAUUUUCCCUGGGUGCAUGACCUGGUCCAGCUCUUCCCCGCCGGCCUGAUCACCUUCCUCCGACCCAGCCUGGGACUUUUGAUGCGCUGGCAGAGCCGUAUCGACCAGCAGACCAAGUUGGUCUGUCAGCAAUACCAGGCGGGGAUCCUGCCCCCCCGGACCAUCUUCGCCGCCAUUCUGGAGAGUGACCUCCCCGCGCAGGAGAAAGAGGCCUGGCGACUCAACAGCGAAGCCCAAAACCUUCUCCACGCCGGCAGUGAGACCUCAGCCAAGACGCUGGAACUGUGUCUGUUUCACCUCCUCAAUGACAAGGCCAAGUUGCGAAGGCUGCGCGAGGAAUUGAAGACCGUGAUGCCGGAGCCGACCACCCCCGUCUCGUGGCAAGCACUGGAAUCUCUUCCCUACAUGUCGGCCUGUGUGCAAGAGGGGAUUCGCCUUCAGCUUGGCAUCACCACUCGAAGCCCAAGAAUCGCCCCCCACGAAGACCUCCAGUACCAAGACUGGACAAUCCCAGCGGGCACCCCGGUCAGCAUGAUCAGCUGGUUCGUGCACACCAACCCCCAGCUGUUUCCUGAUGGCCUCGCUUUCCAACCGGACCGCUGGCUCAAAGCGAGCGCAGCCGGCUUCCGGUUGGACAAAUACAUGACCUCCUUUAUGCGAGGCGGGCGGCAAUGCUCUGGAAUUAACCUUGCCUACUGCCAGGUGAACCUCAGCCUGGCGACCUUGAUCCGGCGAUUCGACUUGGAACUGUUCGAAACCACAGCACGAGAUGUGAGCCCAGAUUGGGACUGCUUCGUGGCGUAUCCCCCAAGGGAUAGUCUGGGGACGAGGAUUCGGGUGAUGGGGAUGGUGAGGGAGUAA